AUGCAGGGCUCAGCAGGUGGCCUAGCACGCCGCCGCCCUCAGGACCAGCGCUCUCGCUAUUUCUUCCAGCGCAGAAGAAACCCCGCUGAAUCAGGCUCAGCUCCCGAUGCGAGCCUUGCCGAGCCGAAGCAUCUGUUGAGCGCAGGGCGCGGAGGCAGGCGCAGCCCGACCGCGGGGCUGAGCGCGGCUCGCUGGAAGCGGCGGCACAUUGAUCAUCACAUUGAUCAUCACAUUGAUCGCAUUGAUCACACGGCCGCGCGGCCAAUUAGCGCCAGCAGCCGGGGCCAGCCCUCGUGUCUGCGCGCUGCCCAUCUAUCGGCACUAAUUACCGAGACACUUCAUGCCUACUUUGGAUGGGAAUUAAUUCGAGGCCGGAUAAAUAAUGCAUUAGGGUUUAUCCAGCCCCGCGUGAAGCGUCGCCCCCGAGCCCGGUCAAGGAGUCUGGUGAUGGGUGAACAGAUUGGGCCUCCCUCCAGACCAUCUUCCCCAAACCCUCAGGAACGUGUGCUGAAGUGUGGCUGGCUAAAGAAGCAGAGGAGCAUCAUGAAGAACUGGCAGCAGCGCUGGUUUGUGCUGCGUGGGGAUCAGCUCUUCUACUACAAGGAUGAAGAGGAAACGAAACCUCAGGGUUUGAUACUACUGCAAGGCAGUCAGGUGAACGAGCUGCCACCUAAUCCUGAUGAACCAGGGAAACAUCUGUUUGAAAUUACUCCAGGUGGUGCAGGGGACCGGGAAAAGACGCCUGUCAAUCAUGAGGCUUUCCUGCUCAUGGCUAAUUCCCAGAAUGAAAUGGAAGAUUGGGUGAAAGCCAUCCGACGGGUUAUAUGGGCUCCAUUUGGUGGAGGGAUCUUUGGGCAGCGCCUGGAGGACACGGUGCAGUACGAGCGGCGCUAUGGGCAGCGCCUGGCCCCGCUGCUGGUGGAGCAGUGCGUGGACUUCAUCCGGGAGCGAGGCCUCACCGAGGAGGGGCUCUUCCGCAUGCCCGGACAGGCCAACCUCGUCAAAGAUCUGCAGGACUCUUUUGACUGUGGAGAGAAGCCCCUUUUUGACAGCAACACAGAUGUUCACACUGUGGCGUCCCUCCUGAAGCUUUACCUUCGAGAGCUGCCAGAGCCUGUCAUCCCCUUUGCCAAAUACGAAGACUUUCUUUCUUGUGGACAGCUACUCUCAAAAGAUGAGGGAGAGGGUACCCAGGAACUGGUUAAACAGGUGAAGAAUUUGCCCCAAGCCAACUAUAACCUCCUCAAAUACAUAUGCAAGUUCCUUGAUGAAGUUCAGGCUCAUUCCAGCAUUAACAAAAUGAGUGUCCAGAACCUGGCUACAGUAUUUGGACCAAACAUUCUGCGGCCCAAAAUGGAGGAUCCAGUGACCAUGAUGGAAGGCACGUCUCUGGUUCAGCACCUGAUGACAGUGCUGAUCAGUGAGCAGGGGCGGAUCUUUGCUGUUCCUCAGGCGGAUGUGCCAGGGAGCCAGCUGGAGAUCAAACCAAUGCGCCAGCGCAGCACUGUCGAGUGGAUCUCCGAGGAGGACGGGGAGGACAGCAGGUCACAGAACAGCGCUGCCAGCCCCACUGAUUUGCCUUCUGGCAAUGCUGUGGCUCUGGAGGCCACUCCAGGACCUGCAGUGAAAAUUACUCCUCCAGAGCAGAGUGGCAAAUCGGCCCAGCCUGCCACGAGCCCCAGUAAAAGAGUGCAGACGCUGCCUCCGUGGAAAUAUUCCUUCCGCCAGCAGGGAGCACGGUCUGUGAGCCCAAAGCUGGGCAGCUCAUCCUUAGACAUCCCCAACCUCUCCUCCAGCGGGAACUGGUUGAUGAACGGCCUGUACUCCCUGCGAGGCCAUCGCCGGACAGCCUCUGGGGAACGAGUGAAAGACUCGUGUUCCUCCCAGAGACUCUCCACUUAUGACAAUGUCCCCUCAUCCAGCCUGUCCCUCAGCACACACAGCAUGGCCAGCACCACCUGGUCCACAUCAUCCUGUGAGAUCUCUGUGAUGGACUCGGUGAGCAGCUGCCCAGCCUGCCGGGCCAGUGACUCUUCUGCUUUGAGCUCCCUAAAAACAGAGUGGGUAACUCAGGGCUCGCUGUCCCAGAGCGAGGGCAAGACUGCAGAUCUGGAGAACAGCAUGGACAGGUUUGAAGCCUGCAGCAGCAGCAGCAGUGAACAGAGUGACCUGGCUGCAGCUUCCCGAGACUCUGUCCAGUGCUCCAGGGCCUUACAGAGCUUGGUGGUGGAGCUAAAGACAGAGCUGAGCAAACAGAGGACUGAAUAUGAGACUAGUAUCAAAAGAAUUGAAGAAACAAGUGCAGACCUGAGGAACCAAGUGGUUAGGUUAGAAGAAGAACUGGACCAAGAACGGAAGAAAUACACGAUGCUGGAGAUAAAGCUGAGGAAUUCUGAACGCGCUCGUGAAGAUGCUGAGAAGAGAAAUUACCUCCUGCAGAAGGAAAUGGAAGAAUUUUUUUCAACAUUAGGAUGUUUAACUGUUGGGAGUCAAAGUGCUAAAGUCCCCAAGUAGAACAAGUAUAGAAAAU